AUGUCACGCGUUGCUCUUGCAUCGUAUCCAUCAACAUUGGCAUCGGGUAUGCUUUCCCUACAACAACACCAACACUAUUACGACGAUUUUGCUAGGUCUGGGGACGAAUUUGAUUCUUCUCCAUCUCCACCAGAACGCAUUAACAACCGUGCUCGCGCCUUUGCAAGUCAUCCACCAGCCAGCCAUGCAUUUUACUCAGAUGCUGCACAACCUUAUUGGGAAGACUAUAGAAGCGUUACUCCCGAAUACACACCAAGCCCUGCCAAUUAUACUGUUGUGCAGACCCAGAAUCAGGCCCAUCAUAAUGUUCCACAGAGAAUUCACCACCCGUACCAGUACUCUGGAGAAACCCACUAUGGAAACUCGAAUAAAAUUACAAACAACUUCGAGUCUAAUUACGGCACCUCGUGUAACGAUAGGCCUGGUGGUCAUACGCAACAGAAACCUCAACCAGUGCGGUUGCGCCCUGUUUCCGAACUUCCGGAUAUGUUUCGCAGCAUCUUCAAGUUUGGUGUUUUUAACACUAUUCAGUCGACCUGCUUUGAUGCAGUGCUUCACUCAAAUGAGAAUAUGGUUAUUAGCGCGCCCACUGGAAGUGGCAAGACUGUUAUUUUUGAAUUGGGCAUUAUCCGCAUGGUCACCGAUCCUUCGAGCACAAACAAGGCCACUAAAUGCGUCUAUGUCGCCCCAACUAAGGCCCUCUGUACGGAAAAAUACAAGGAAUGGACCGCCAAAUUUGGCAGUCUUGGAAUACCCAGUUGUGAACUCACGGGCGACACUGUAGUCUUCGGCAAGGGCGUGUGGGGUGACGCCAAGAACGCUAGAAUCAUUGUUACUACAGCACGUUUCCAGUCUGCUCAUGUUUUGAAAACACUGCUUACAAUAUCUCAGGCCGAGAAGUGGGAUAGUCUCACAAGGAAUUGGGAUGACCAUAGUCGUAUAUUAUCUCAGAUCAAACUUUUUCUUGUGGACGAGGUCCACAUCCUCAACGAAUCUCGCGGCAGCACCCUAGAAGUCGUUGUCUCUCGUAUGAAGGCAAGAGGAUCCGAUGUUAGAUUCCUUCUUGUAUCGGCAACAGUCCCGAACAUCGAAGAUGUUGCAAGCUGGAUUGGGAGCAAUCAUGCGUCUAGUGAUCAUCCCGGUCAAAUAUUUCAGUUUGGUGACGAAUAUCGGUCCUGUAAACUCACUCGGUUUGUUUAUGGCGUGGUCAAGCCGAAAGGUCAGAAUGACUUUGCAUAUGCGCAUACUCUUGAUACCCGCCUAUUCACCGUUUUACAACAACACGCCGUUGACAAACCAAUCCUCGUGUUCUGUCCGACGAGAAAAGGGACCAUCACAACCGCCAGGCAAUUGGCUAAAGAAUAUGAAGAAACCAUGAAGGCGAAACAGCUGCUCCCGUGGAGCAUGCCCUUGCAGAUUGAUCAGACUUUUCAUGACAAAGAUCUCGCUCCUCUGGCUGCUUUGGGAAUCGGCGUGCAUCAUGCUGGACUCGCUAUCGACGACAGGAAGACCAUCGAAGACUUGUAUCUGCGUAAAGUAUUACGAGUUCUUCUGGCUACGUCGACUUUAGCGGUCGGAGUCAACUUGCCUGCCCAUCUGGUCGUCAUAAAGGGCGUUAAACUAUAUCAAAAUGGCGAAUCCAAAGAGUACUCGGAUCUCGACGUUAUGCAGAUGAUGGGACGAGCGGGUCGCCCACAAUUUGAUACUGAAGGAGUUGCUAUCAUUUUAUGCGAAACUGAACUCGAGAGGAAAUAUUGCGAUCUCGUUCAGGGUACCACACCUCUGGAGAGUAGUCUGCACACAAAUUUGACCGAGCACCUAAACUCUGAAAUUGGUCUGGGAACUAUUUCCGACGUCAAGACAGCACAGGAAUGGCUUCUUCGCUCAUUCCUGUAUCGCCGAAUACAAAAGAAUCCACAGCACUAUAAUAUCGGAAAAGACGACGGCCAGUCUUGGCAGGACAAGGUGGACAGCAUUGUGAUGGACAGUAUCGAGCAGCUACGGGAAACCGAGUUGGUCACCUAUUCGCCGCGCAAUGGAGAGCUGAGUUCUACUGAAUUUGGCGAUAUUAUGAGCAAGUUCUACAUUCGUCGUGGGACGAUGAAGGCAAUCUUGGACCUCUCUCCAACUGCAUCUUUGCGCGAUAUUCUUGAGAUGAUAUCCACCUCGGAAGAAUUAUCCGACCUCAAAUUACGAAGUGGUGAAAAGCAGGUAUACGAGAAAAUCAGGCGCCAUAAUGAUAUUCGGUUCGCAGUCAAAAAAAUUCAAGGCACGAGUGACAAAGUGUUCUUGCUUAUGCAGGCGGUUUUAGGCGGUCUACCCUUGAAUAGUGCCGAGUACAGAAACGGGGAGAGUCAACCAUGCCUUGAGGCAUUAUCGGUUUUUCGUCAUGUUAGCCGGAUUGCCAUAGCGGUUGCGGAAGUGGCCAUCAUAAAGAAGAACGGUGCGCAAGUGAAGCACGGACUGGAAUUAGUGCGUUGUCUUCAUGCCAAGGCAUGGGAAGAUAGACCGAUUGUCCUGAAACAAUUAGAAUAUAUCGGCGAAAAAUCAAUCAAGAUAUUGGCCGAGAAUCACAUCACUUCAAUUCCCAAGUUACGAAGCACCAGCCCAUUGAGACUCGAAGAGCUCCUGAAUCGCAGAUCUCCCUUUGGGUCUGAAGUUUUGUUGGCUGCUAACGAGCUACCGAGUUACUUCCUCACCUUAACGGAAGUGAAGGUUUCGCCUAGCGAUGGGAAAUGUCCAGUAGAUAUCGAACUCUCCGUCGAAUGUGGCCUCCUCUUGGACAAGAGAGCUUCUACGGGGUCCAAGAAACAUAAGAGGGGUAGAUUCGAUAUGACAACUCUUCUCACCAUUACCUCCGACUUCGUUUUCAUCGACUUUCGCCGUAUCUCGACGAAGGUACUGAGGGAAGGGAAAUCCUUCGUAAUCAACGCGCAGCUUACCAGACCGAGUCAGACCAUCAACGUCUCGAUCUCUUCAGAUAAGAUCGCUGGGGUUACCGUAACUGAGAGCUUCAAGCCUUCCUUACCCACAAACAGAUAUCCAACGCUUGAUACUCGCCCAAUGACUUCUUUGGAAAUGGAUUUGGAAGGGCUGGAAGAUGUUGCCGACUUUUGGGAUAUGGGACCUGAUGACGAUGACGAAUUGAAUCUCCCCAUCAAGGAUCUCACUCGACCCCGUAGCCCACUGCAAAGCAAGACAUCAGCACAAAAGAGUAUCAACCCUCACAAAGAGAAGACAAUGAAAUCUGUCUCGCGUCCUACAGUGAAGGGGAAUGAUCUGAGUACAGCCAAUACGCCCGUGCAGGACGACGCACAGGCUAAAAAACGCUCAGACGGAAAAUAUGACUGUAAUCACACCUGCAAGGAUAAAUCUGCUUGCCGUCACUUUUGUUGCCGUGACGGGCUCACAGAACCUUCUCGCAUCCCAAGAAAGAACACAAAGCCUGGCCAUCUGCUGAGUUCAAAGAAAGCUCACGACUCCUCCAUCGACCUGUCAUCUACUGGGCCCAACAGUCGAACUACCGCUCCCCUUGGCGACGUCCCAAUCCCCAAGCGACAAAAGACAACCAAACGUGAUCUAAUUCUUGAGCAACGUGACUCGCUUCAUACAGGUGCUGAUGUCAAUCGAAAGUUGGGGCUCUCUGAAGGUCAACGGCUGAAACAAGAUGCCUCAGCACUUUCGUCAAGGAAACGAAAACCAGCCCCAAACUUUGAUAUCGAGCUCGUCACCUUGAAGUGCUCACAGUCACCGCCCUCCUCUAAGGACAUACUUAGUGACUCACAAUCAGAUGACGACCUUGCGAAUAUUUAUGAGCUUCUGUGCGAAGGGAAGGAUGUUCGCUCGAAGAAUCACUCGAGCUCAGAGAUUGGUGCGCUAGUUCGAGAUGACGAUUUUAACGACACCGCAAUGGAUGCUCUUUCCUUGACUCCCUCUCCUACUCGCAAACGGGUAUGCGACCCUCUACCUCCCGAUAGCUCGCCCCCUCGGAAGCGUCUGAAGAGCAACAACGCGUCAUACAGGCCUUACUCCCCGAGACAGGAAUCAGCGAAUGAGGACCGUCGUACGAAACGCUUCAAAUCCGGCCUCAAGCUCUUUGGUACCCCCUCUGCCCUACUGGCUGCAAAGGAGUGCGAUAUUCCGGUCCAGUCCACAAAUUCCCAUUCGCUCUUUCUUGCAGGAUCCUCCAGUGUUGAGGUUGGCAUGCAAUCACUAUCCAAGGUCUCCCAGCAACAGCCCUCUGAUGACUUCUUCUUUGAUGAAUCUUACUUUGACAUCCUGCCGGAGCCUCAACAAGCAGUGGAACCUUCUCUCCGUGAGGAUGAAGAGAAGACUAGGGCGUAUAUUCGGGCCACAGGAAUCGCACGUUCUGGCGCGGAGCUUCAGGCUACAUCGCAAUGUCUCCAACCUAGUAAAUCCCAGCCACAAUUUGGUGUAGAAAACAACACGACCAACCAGCCUUACCUCCCUCCAGUCUCCUUCAGGCGAACCUCAAACCCUGUCAACCUCGGGAAUCAGCGAACGAACCAAGAGAUAAAAACUAAAAACGUGGCCGAUGUUGAUGUCCUUGCUGAAUUCGAAAGCUGGUUGGAGAGUGGUGCAGUUGACAUUGUAUAA